CUUCCUCCAAAUAUACACAAAUCAAUAAAGAGAAUGAUUCUCCAAACAUGCAAGUGGAAGUAUACAAGGAUGAUGAAAGUAGUAGUAGGUCGCUGAGGAUGAGGAGGCAGGAUGUGCCAGAUCCAAGUAAUGGUCCAACUGAUGUGGGAUUCGUACAGAGCGAUAAGCAUGCAUACUACAAUUCAACAUAUUACUCGAAUGGUGAGCAUUUGUAUGUGGACCUUGAUAAAGACCCUGUGAAUCGAUUCAUACCCCAUAGCCAGCUGUCAGACAGCUUCUUAACAGCAGAUAAAAUAAGUUUGCCUUUCAAAUUCAUAUUUUAUGGACAUGAGGUCUCAAGUGUAUUACUGGCUACGGGAGGUUUUCUUUACCUGGGUUCAUUUUUUCAUCAAUAUUUGUCAGCUACACAGUAUGUUGCACCAUUAAUGGGCAGCUUUGAUCCUAGAUUGAAUGAUAGCUCAAUAAUACGCUACGGAAAUAAUGGAACAGCUUUCACAGUGGAAUGGUCGCAAGUUCAUAUUCAGCACUUAGAAUCUGCUGGAAGCUUCACAUUUCAAACUACUCUAAUGAACGAUGGGCGUAUUUUAUUUGCAUACAAAAAUAUUCCAUUGCCCCUUAGUGAGAUUGGUGGUGGAAAUGGGCACAAGGUGACUGUUGGCGUGUCAGAUGCUUUCUAUUACGAUGAACCUCUGACAGAAGGCUCAUCAUUGUAUAAGAGAACAAUCUAUCGGUAUGACACGUUAUCGUUGAAUGAGACGUUGGUUAAACCCUCCAGUGGAUUCAUUCUAACACCAUUACCAACGUGCACUCAGCAAAAAAGCUGCAGUGACUGUUUUGGCGGAAAUGUUGAUCCAUCUUUUGAUUGUAAAUGGUGCCCUACUUUGAGCCGGUGCUCAAGUGGUUACGAUAGACAUCGACAGGAUUGGAUAUCCAACAAUUGUAAUCUGGAUGGUGUUGAUAAUACUAAGGAGUGUGAUGGUAACUCAGAUUCUAAGACAGGGUUGAUAGUGGGCAUGGUGUUUCUCAUCAUAUUGGUUGCAGUUGUCAUUGGGUUGCUGGUGUUUGCAAUUAUAUAG